UAACAUCUCAUUUGCCCAUCCACAAAGAGAACAAACCGUUAAAAUGGGGUUGUGCAAUAUUUCCCUAGCUCUCCUUUUCAUUUUAGGCUCAGCCCUAAUACAAUCCUCUCAUGCCCAAGACACACGCCAAGACUACCUCAAUUCCCACAACGCCGCUCGAGCAGCAGUAGGCGUUGGUCCCUUGACGUGGGAUGACAAUGUAGCACGCUAUGCACAAAACUACGCCAAUCAACGUGUUGGCGACUGUAAGCUUGUGCACUCCAAGGGGCCAUACGGCGAAAACCUUGCCAUGAGCACUGGUGACCUGUCGGGAACAGCGGCUGUGGACCUGUGGGUGAAGGAGAAAGCCGACUACAGUUAUAAGUCGAACUCGUGUGCUGCUGGAAAGGUGUGUGGGCAUUAUACACAGGUGGUUUGGCGUAAGUCGGCUCGUGUAGGGUGCGCAAAAGUGAGGUGCAGCAGUGGGGGUACCUUCAUUGGAUGCAACUAUGAUCCCCCAGGCAACUAUGUUGGGGAGAAGCCUUACUAGCUAUGGAAGAACAACAACCACUCUAGCAAUUUUUGCUGAUGGAUAUAUCUAAGAAGAUAAGUAGGUUAUUAAGAAUAAAGAAAAUGAAUAAAUAAGUGAUGAUCGAUCCUUUGUAUAUACCUUCCACUGGCAUGGUGGACGGUAAAUUUCAAUUGAUCAAGAAUUCACUCUUUUUUAUUUAAAAUAAAUUUUGGUAACUUGCUAGUAAGACAUGCAUGCUACGAUCAAAGUUGCAUAAUUACUUGCCUAGCUUGAAGUCCUACUAUUGCCUCAACCAAGAAAACCCUAAUUUACAUUA